AUGUCCUCCACUCUCCCCAAUGCCUCCCAAGUCGGACUCCCCGCCUCCGAUGCCUCCAGCGCCGCCGAACUCGCCAGUCUUAAGGUAAGACUGCGCGGUGCCCUGCGCCAGUUCCCGGACUUCCCCUCCCCGGGAAUUUUGUUCGAGGAUAUCCUCCCUAUUUUCGCCGAUCCCUCUCUCCACGAGGCCCUCAUCCGCUCUCUCGAGCUUCACAUCCGCGCCAACUACGACCAGAAGCCCGAUGUCAUCGUUGGUCUUGAGGCCCGCGGUUUCCUCAUGGGCCCCAGUCUGGCUUUGCGCCUCGGUGCCAGCUUCGUCCCCGUGCGCAAGCAGGGCAAGCUCCCUGGUCCUUGCGAGACCCAGGGCUACGAGAAGGAGUACGGUCAGGACUUCUUCCAGAUGCAGGCCGACUCCAUCAAGCCCGGUCAGAAGGUCCUUGUGAUCGAUGACAUUAUCGCUACCGGUGGUUCCGCCUACGCCGGUGGUGAGCUGAUCAAGAAGAUGGGAGGAGACCUCCUUGGCUUCAUCUUCCUCCUCGAACUCGAGUUCCUUCACGGCCGUGAUAAGCUCCCCGCGCCUGUGUACACUCUGCUCUCUGGCCAGGCUUAA